CKURACGCAACAACAUGGCUCUGCGCUUGACCUGCAAUCGAUUCAUGCGUGCCGCAUCGGGACAAAGCAAGAKGGUCGGACUUCGAUCCUUCGGCGCCGCUGCAGAUGCAGCUCCUGCUGUKGGUGCACCCGCUCCUUCUGUCUUUGACAAGAUCGUUAGCUUGACGAUAGUGGAUCCCAGUGGUGCGAGGCGAAAGAUCAAUGGCGUCGUUGGUGAGUGUUGAAAAGUAAAAGUUCGGCAUCGCAUUUAUCUGGSUUUUCGACUKUUUGUGUGCCUUAAUACAGGGUAAUUUGUYUCCACCAAGCUUCUUCGGGAAAUCGACAUCRAUACCUUCUUGAAAAUAAUAUCCAAUUUGUACACGAUAGAAUAUUUGACAUUGUCUCUACCUUCUUGCUUCGGAGUCACAAGAAGAGACGCUAGCUSCAUGAACUGUUUUUCUUCACACAUGCAUGGAAUCCUGUCUCCYGAUGUUAACGCGCCACACCGAAGGAAGUAUAACAGACUCACGCAUUCCUUUUUUGUGCAAAUUAACUUUAUGAAUGGAUGAAGGUAAAUCACUUUAUGAAGCCUGUGAAUCUAACGAAGUUGAACUCGGCCCCAUGUCCAUUGGCGGUCCCUCUGAAAUCGUCCACUCGGAAACAUGGACCGAACCAGUGUUUGGGACAGGUCCUACUUCCGGAUACGAUCACGUGAUCGUGACUGGUGCCGGUGUCAAUACUGCAACGCCUAAAACUGACGCGGGUAAGUAAUAAUGAACAGCGUGAUSUAUUGCAAUCCGAUGUAUAUUAAUUUAUUCGUUUGCAAUUAUCUCACAUUACCAAUCGUUUAACGCUGCAAUUCUUUUAUUGGCAUUGGUUAUUAAUCUUUGAAAUUCAAAACGAAGAAACACGAAUGAUCGAAGACUAUUGGGAUUUCGACGAAGUUUUUCCGGAAAGUCGACUUGCUUCUAUGAUUACUGUGACGAAGCAAAUGGACGGAAUGAUCGUCUACGUCCCACCUCGYGUCGAUGACAGCAAUCCUUAAAAGGCCGAUCCUUGUCUYCAAAAGUGAUGUACGGCAAUUGUACGAUGCCRAAGUAAAGAAAUUACUAGUCGAAACCACUAUUUCAAAUUCUAGUGCUAGACUUUUUUAGAACAUGAUUAAAUAUCCAUACAACAU